AUGGAGCCAUCGCACGGUGCAGAGAGUGUACCUCAAGAGCAUCCCAUUAUAGCACGAUGUAAACAUGUUACCGACUCUCCCACGACCUCAGAAGAAGAGGUGGAAAAAGAAGACCAUCAUCAUCAUCAUCAUCAAGAAGAAGAAAAAGAAGAAGAGAGAAGGGAAGAGGAUAAAAAGGAGAGAUCAAGUAUGAGCUCCUCGCACAGUAUCGGUUUUUGGACUGUUGAUUCCGUGAAAGAUAUGCCUUCCUCAAAGAAAAAAGAUCGACGGAACUCAACUCGUAAGGAGAGGGAAGGGUCUUCACCCAACAUUGUACAGAUAGAAGAUGAACACAGUAGUGCUGUUAAGAGAACAGCUUCAGCAGCAGCGUUACCACGAGCCUCAACCUCCAUAGGAGUGCUCAGUCUUAACAGCAGUGCUGUGAGGAGUUCCUCCGUGUUGGAGGUUCCACUUCCACGUCCAAGUGUGCGGCGUGGAGUGACUCCAGAUGGUCGACAAGCAUGGAUGCUCUUCUCUCCACGAAAGAGAAACAACAGUAAUAAGAACAACAACAAUAAUAAUAACAAUAGUCACCAUGCUGGUAAUAGUAGUAGUGUUAGUAAAAGUGGACGAAGACGGAGUCAUACAGCAGAGUCCACAUUGGAGGAUUCUGAGUAUUGGGAAAAGAAGAUUGUUGCCCCACCACCAGAUCAUCUCCCCAGACGUGUGUUAAAUCUUCUCGCAGCUGGACGAUUAAGUGCACAAGGCGGUGAGGGGACGAACAACACGCGAGUGGUGCGCAGUGGUCUUUCAGUGCCUCCUCACAGUGCAGAAAAUCGAAAACAUGUUUUAUCUAAUCAGAUCAAUAGUGUCAAUGUACGUCCAGCAUCUCGAUUGGACGGUGUAGAAGUGAAAAGAACCUCUGAUGUUAAUUCUUUUACUGAUGUGCAAGGUAGACGGGAAAAAGUUAAAGCUUCUGCAGAGAAAGUGAUGCAUGCGUUGCUACUUCCAGUAUCUGAUAAAGAAGAUCAUCAUCAUCAUAGUAAUUCUGGUAAUGCUGAUAUUCACAAUGUCUCUUUUACCAAAGAACUGUUUUCAUUUCCACGUGAAUGGCAAAUGGAGAAUGAUCCAUCUUCAUUUUCAACAGAUGUACUUUCAGUUGACACAUCACUAAACUCAGGGAAUUCCUCACAACAUCGAAGGAACAGUCGCUCUAAAGAGGAAGAUGUUAAACAUAGUAUUAAAAAUAUUUAUUUGCAUUCGGAAACGACACAAUCACAGUCUACUACUCACUUUGUUGACAUCCAUAAUAAUAUUAAUAAUAGUAGUAGUAGAUCUACAAAAAACUCUCGUCAUGUUACUGAAGAUGAUUAUAUAAAUGCCUAUUUCCAUCUUAAUCCCCUUCCUCUCCAUGAUGAUCUUGACAUUAAUGGUUAUACCUCAUUUCUUAUGAAGAAUGGAGUUACUAGUACUACUACUACUUUUGCCACAACCCCUAGAAAUUCCCUUUCAUAUGAAACGCAGUCCAAUGGGAUUCUUCCACAACAAAGAAAGUUUUCACACCUUUCUUCUUUACAAUCGAAGCAACAAGAACGAGAAGCCGCUGGUAAAUAUGGUUUGUGGUGUACGGUGAAUACUAUGGUAGGAAAAGAUAUCACGGGAGGAACAGCAGCCACCUUGGGUAGAACUCAUUCACCAAGUGUUAUGAAUAAGACUGGUAAAAGACGUACAGAUAUUCAAACACCACGAUGGUGUAUGCAAGUAUGUGGAGGUGUUGUACCUCUAAAAGAUCUACACUCUUUACACUCUUUAAGAGUAAGUGAUGGCCGAAGUGAUUCUUCUGCUUUAAGGAAUACUAUUGUAUGUGCAAACUUUGAGGCUUUGUUUUUUACGCAACCUCCUGAUAAUCCUUUAAGUAUGUUUGGAACUCCUCAUCUUGAAUCUGAUGCGGCCGUUAGUACUCCACCUGUUUAUUCAAUUCCUCUUACACCCCGACUUCUUAACGCUUCAGAGGCUUCUCCCUAUAAAUGGAUAUUGAUGCAGCAAAGAGAUAAUAUUUUAGUACGUCAUCAACAAGAAGAAUGGUUUGUAUUUGGAGGAAAGAAUAGUAAAAAUGAACUUUAUAUCUUAUAUACACAAGUUAUUGUGAAUAAGACACAAAAAUAUUCUAUUAAUGUAAGUGUACUUCUUUUUCCAUGUCGACGAAUACCUACAAAAUAUAGUCAUCAUAAAUCAUUCUCUACUGUUGAAGUACUUGAGGUACCAUUAUUCUAUGGAGAUGCCUUAUCAGCUUCUACACGAUGUGUUCAUAGUGCUGUAUUAACCUUUUCCACUAAAAGUGCUUUUCUAAAGGCUUAUAAAGCGUUACUUUGGGCAUCUGAAAUAAAUACAAUGGAGAUUCAAACUGCUAUUAAUGUGCCAUUACAAUUACAGAAAAAUAACCAUAAUAACAGUAACAAUAACAACAAGAACAAUAAUAAUUCUCUUCCUUAUGUAUCUCUACGUCUCUUUGCGUCACGAUUGCCACGAUCAGAAUCUUCUCACAUGACAGAGUAUCGCAAACGAUCGGUUCAACACAUUGCGUCUGUGAUGAUGGAUCCUCAUUCCUCUAUUCAGCGUGGGAAUUAUCGCCUGGAAGACUUUCAUCUCGAACCCGCCCACUCUCACGACCAGAGUCGUUCACGUCCUCUUUCUUCUCUUUCUCUUUCUUCCUCCACCACACAUGUUUUCUCCCGCUCCAUCGCUUCUGUAGUGGCUGUGGAUGCUGGCGGUGUUGUACACCGUGUACGGCAUUUGCCAAGUUUGCAGUGUUUUGAUGUGCGUGUGCUGCCGCGACAGCAGACGAGAUUAUUGUGGGCGGCGGCGGAUGAAAAAGAUCAAGUUGGUGUGAUGGAGGCGGCUCUGGUGUUGGAGUAUCUUUCUCAUAUGCCCUUUCAUAAUCCCAUAGUUGCAGUGUUGUCCGAUGCGAAUAAAUUAUAUAUUGUACAAGCUCCUAUUUUCUCUGCACUUGUAGAGAAUAGGGGAAUGAUUACGAUUACUCCACAGGGAAUUCCAAUAUCCCCUAGACAAGAACCACAAUUUCACUAUUUUGGGAUUAUACCACUCUCUGUGUUUAUGAAUCAUGUUCUUCAAACUUUAAAAACGCCUGUGAAUAUCCGAUGGAAUUUGGCUCGCGUUCUUGCGGCUCAACUUUUACUAGCCAUAAUUACUUUACAUGGUAAAGGAGCUCUCCUUGGACCUGUUUCUGCAAGACAGUUAUUUGUACAGUGGAAUCCGGUAGCAUUUAAUUCUUUUUUGGGAACUGUUGGUAACGAUAAUAAGGAUGAAAAAAAUGAAAUUAAAACAAAAGAUUUUCAUUUAUUGAUUCAAGGAUUUGGAGUUCAUACAAAUGCAUGGAAGUAUGAAAGACAACAGCUUGGUGUAAUAGAAUAUAUAUCUCCUCGUUAUCUUUUUAAUAUCGCUCAUUUUACAGCAAUGGACGAAUCUGAGAGAGUUUCAUGGACUAUAGGAGAUGAUUAUUGGUUUUAUCUUUGUAUACUUUUUGAACUCUUCGCUCCACAAAGUACGACGCUUUUAUCUUUACAAUCAUCAGAAAAAUAUGAUGAGAGGUCCACUUCAACUUAUUUUCAUGAUUCUAAAGAGAUUUGGCAAUUAUGGAAAGGUGUGUUUACAUCUUAUUCAUCCUACCCUUUUUCAUCCUCUGCUCGUUCUUCAUCCCUUUAUCUUGAUAAUGUUCAUCAUAAUCAUUAUCAUCAUAAUGGGAUGAAUCGUAAAGAAAGUGGGAUAUUAAAAGCAUUACAUCACUAUGUUCAUUCUCGACUUGAGAGUUUAGUACUUCCCAGUAUUAAUAUUUGGAUGGCAGUGGAAGAAGAGAAAAAGUCUGCGGAAUGCACGUCAGGAGUUUUUACAGCCGUUAAUGUUAAGAAUAACAAGAGUGAAUCUUCAAAAGCUAUUUCACUUGCUGAUGCCUAUAUUAAUAAUUUGCGUUCAAAAAAGUCACAAAUGGAUACAAAAAUAAGGAGAGAAGAAGUGUAUGAUGAAGAAGAAAGUAAGGAUAAAGAAGUAACACAAGUAGAAAAGAAUUUUAAUUCUACAUGUGAAUCCAUGAAGUCAUUGUCAAACUUUUGUAAACUACUUGUUGAUAAAUCUUUAGAAUUAUCAACAGUAUCAGUGAAUAAUCAUGUUCGACAAGCAGUAUCUACUCUUUUAGUUCAUCCAUUUUUUCUGGAUAUUGAUUUUGCCUCACUCUUUGAUGGGGAUUACAUCAUACCAAACGGAUCCUUUCUUUGCAAGAAACUCUGUAAUAGGAGGUUCUUGAGUGAUGUCAUUAUGAAAGAUCCAUUGGAAACGAGAAGAGAAUCCGUUUCUUUACGUAAACAACAAAAUCCACAACGAUUAUUAUCUCCUUCUGGAACGGAGGAACCUCCACAUCUAUGCAGAUUAGCUUCUCCUUUCCCUGACGAAGGUGAAGAAGAUGGGGGAGUCUCAAAGACAUCUGGAAUGAAUAGCGUAACGACACCUCGAACGACAUGGGGAGAUGGGAAACGCAUUUAUACAUCAGAAGAAUUAGAAGAUUUAAGACAAAUUCGACAAGAUGUGAGUCGAGGCGUUCAUCAUACUUUAUGUACAGAUACCACGGAAACACCAUUCUUAACCGUACAGAAGCAAGAGCAGGAACCUAUUCAUAACCCUACGAACAGUCAGGUUCCAACAUAUACACCAACAGUUAUUAAAAAGAAUGAGGAAGGAAUAUCAAUACAAGAAGAAGGGAAUAAUAUGUAUGUUUCAGCAUGGAGAAAGUUAAGAGAGAGGGCUGCAGAAUCAGCGGGAACAAUAACGUUAACUUCUGAAACACGUGAUUAUUAUCAACGCGAUGUGGAGUUUCCAUCUCAUGUACAUUCCGCAGAACCCAAUAGGCGUAGUUCCCAUCGUGAAUAUACUGUAUCAUCUACCAAAUCUACCUUUGAACUUACCGAUCCACUCUUGAAUAGUAACAGGAAACAUUCAGAAGAACAAAAGGAGGAAAAAUGGAAUACUCAAAUGAUUGACCUUAAUGAUAAGGAUAAUAAGAGUCAUCAUAAAGAACACCCAAGGCGAGAAGAAGUUAUACAUGUUACUCAGAUAGAGGAAAGAGAAUCUUUUAUUUUCUCAUCAUCUUCCCCUGUGGAAAAGGAGGAACAGUCUAUUACUCGACAUGAUAGACUGAUUGAGAAUGCACAUAAAGAUGAAUUUAAAAAUAAGGAAGAAAUAUUGGUUUCAUCUAAUAAUAGUGAACGACAUGAAGAGAAACAAAUGCAUCAAGAACAUGAAAAAGAAGAAGAAGAAGAAAAACACAAAAAACAACACCAACACCGGUUUGGGAUUAAAAAUGAUGAUUCUUCUUCUUUACACGCAUCACAUGGAACCAAGCGUCACCCUGGUUUUCAUUCUAACUAUGAUGAGAGGGUUAGAGGUGAAGAAAAAUCUGAAUAUCCAAUCAAUUUACAAAGUCAUCCAUUUCCAUCACGACUUUCAUAUGAUACAGCAAAUGAAAUCUCUAGAUAUGAAAAGUUAUCUGAUAACACAAAUGAGAAAUUGACGUUAUCUAAUGAGAAGAAGGUUGUAGAAGAAAGAGGAGUAAUACCAUCGUCUACAAAAUCUGUGAAUAGGGGAAAAACAGAUUUGGGAUAUGUCUCAAAUAAUAGUAGACUCAGUUACAGUAGUAGUUCAUUUAUGAGUUCAGCAAAGCCUACCUGGACCACAGCAUCUGAAAAAUAUUUAGAUAGAAAGCGAGAAUUACAAAGAAAUGAGAUUGUUUGGGAACCUGUGGAUGAAAACUAUGAUGAUAGUGAUGAUAGUGAUGAUAUGGAUAAAAAUAAAGAGGGUAGAUAUAAUACAGCACCCACACAUUACCCAGAUGCAAUGUAG